GACCGUCGGGGAGGGGAAUAAUAGUUAAUGAUCGACAAGCAAAUUGAAGCCAUGGGGGGAAUAUAUUUCCUCUGUGUUCGCAUGCCUCUCCGUCUACAUCUGUCAGACAAAGCAAAGCGAGAUAGAGAGAGAGAGGCAUAUCCAGAUGAAAAUGACACCAUGCAGUGCAUUCACCAAACCGUGUACUCGCUUUCCGCCGUAUAUCUUACCCACUAGUGAAAACGACGACCACCGUCUCAGCCCUACUCUCAUCGCCGCCGUCCUAUUUGCUCUCCGCGAAGCAAAAUCGCAGGCCACCAGAGGCUCUGUCCUCAUCACCACCUCCCAGGGCAAAUUCUUCUCCAACAGAUUCGAUCUCGGCUGGGCGAGAUCCGCCGCAACCCCAUCCAAGGCCUUCUUGCGCGCUCCACCAAAUGGUGGAAUCGUUCCGGCCGAUUGUCGCCGAGCUGAUCUCCCUUCCGAUGCCCACCGUCGCCGUCAUCCAGGACCACGCCGCCGCCGUCGGAUUCACCCUGGCGCCGAGCCACGAUCAUCGUCACCUCCAUCGGCCUUUCUCCUUCUCUUCUAUCUCGACCAGCGGAGACCGGAUUCACAGCCGGCGACGAUGAUAUAUGGCGAGAUUUUCGACGGGAGCGGCGACUGACAAAGGCUGGAAGCGGCGGAGUGAUGAUGGCGGUCGAGAAGUUAGGAGUGCGAUGGCGGAGAUGGGCGAGGAUGGCGACUCAGCAGCGAAGGCGGAGUUCGGAAUUCAGAUGCUCCUUCUUGUCCAUAAUUAUCUUUCUGUUAAUUUAAUAUAUUAUUAUCUAAUAAUUAAUGGUAUUUUACCCUUAUACCCUUAAUGAAUCCUGUUGUUAGUA